AUGCCAGAAACAGCUCCAACAGGUAUAUCAACCAGUCCAGAUGCCGCUGAGCCAUGGACGGUUGAAAAGGCCUUGGCUGGGAAUGAUUUGGUUCAAGGGUCCAAGUCGCCAAUCUCCCUAUUUCACCUUCUAGGGGGCCUCAAGACGACAAAGCGAGAGGGAUGGAAGAGACAUGGCAUUAACACCAGCCCCGAGUCGGUCGCAGACCAUUCGUAUAGGAUGGGCAUGAUAGCCAUGUUCGCUCCUCAGGGCCUCGACCAGGUCAAGUGUAUGAAGAUGUGUAUGAUCCACGACGUUGCUGAAUCGGUCGUGGGCGACAUCACCCCAUUCAGCGGAGUGUCUAAGACCGAGAAGGCCAGACGGGAAACGGCAACCAUCGAGUAUAUUGCCACUAGAUGGGGCGGGCAUCAUACCUCUGAGCUGCGAGAGCUAUGGCACGAGUUCGAGGCCGCCGAGACUCCGGAGGCCCAGUUUGCGCAAGAUAUUGACAAGAUCGACCUGAUGCUGCAGGCUGUCGAGUACGAGAAGGACGGCAAGGGUCAGCGAGACCUGGGCGAGUUCAUGGGCGUUGCACGUAAGCUGCGUACCGAGGCCGGCAAGGCAUGGGCGGAAGAGAUCCUACUGGAGAGGGAGAAGCUCUGGGAGGGCCGUGAGCAUGUCAGAGGAGAGCAGGCAGAGAAGGGUGGUGUGUCCACAGAGGCUCAGAAACUGCAGGACGCAUACUAUGCCUAG